AUGCGGGGAAGAAAAGCUUCUCUCUCUGCCGACGGGCUUCAUGGCUCUGCACCUUUUUCUCUCGCGUCCGCGACGGAGUCGGUCCGCCUGCUUUGCAUCUUCGUGACGGUCGAACGCUCGGGACGCCGAAGAGGCAGACCGGGGGACCAGAGGCAGACCGGGGGACCAGAGGCAGACCGGGGACCAGAGGCAGACCGGGGGACCGUCGAGGCGUUUCGGACGCACGAUGCCCUUCGCGUCGGGAAUCGUCAUCCUCGAGCGAGACCGGAGACGAAUUCCUUCCCCGACUCGCUCGCUCCUCUCCGUCCGGUCGAGAACGCUGCCCGCACCGAUAAGAUCGGUUCCGUUCGGAUCACCUCUUUCGGGGACGGGACGGGUUCUUCCGCCUCGGCUGCUCUGCAGCUCUUCGCGGCACGGAGGCUGGUGUUGCCGCGGAGGUCGAUCACGCCGCCGCCGCUGGGGUCAUCUGGGCUCGGGGGGCCCCCAGGGAUGUUGGGGCCUCCGAUCCCUCUACCGAGGUGUGCCUCCUAUGCCGCCUCCACUUCGCCGUAUCGUCUCGUCCAAAAUUCGCGGAUGCAGCUGAGCGUGAGUUACCCGUCGAUCGCGUCGCCCGAGGGAUCCAGCGUGGCAUCGACGGAGUCGAAAGCCUCCAAAUACCGCCAAAAGAAAUUCCGCCGACACUUCAAGAACGUCACGACCGAGGAGAUCGUCCUCAACACGUAUUCAUGCGCGCUGAUUGGCGACAUCCUCCUGCAAGGUCACCUCUACAUAACCCAUAAUUACUUCGCCUUCUACUCCAACGUCUUCGGUUACAUUACGAAGGUGGUGAUUCCCGUGAAGACCGUCGGUCGGGUGAGCAAGGAGAAGACGGCGAAGAUCUUCCCGAAUGCCGUCGGCGUGGUCCUGUCGCCCGAGGGGAAGAAAUACGUUUUCGGCUCGCUCCUCUCCCGGGACACCACCUACAAGCUGAUGGUCCGCGUGUGGAAGUGCAUCCACGAAUUACCUCCGAGUCCUCCUCUCACUCUUCACGAAGAGAGUAUGAGCGAGGAAGAGCCCGGAGAAGAGGAGGAAGAAGAGGACGAUGGACUCGUGUUUCAACAGUCAGGCGAGAGUGAGGAAAAUCGUGGCACCACGCCUUCCUCUGACACUCCACCCAACACUCCCACUCCCAUUGGGUUUGGGAUCUCGGAGACCAAGGAGCCAGGGAGGGGACUCUUCUUCGUCUUUCUCAUCCUCUGUUUAGCCCUUGUGGGAAGCACAUGCCUCCUCUAUCAUCGAUUCUAUCGGCUCCAACAACUCUUCGUGUACUUCCCAUCCAACAAAAGAGAGGAGCCUCUGGGAAGAGAACGCAUCGAUGUCGAUGCAAGGAGACGAGCUGCAUCAUGCCAUCCACAGUCAAAUCUACGGCCUCAUACAGGUAUCGUAUCCUUGCUCUGGGUGGAAAAUUCACCUCCAUCUCGUCUCGAUUCCGAAGCGAACGCUGUAUCGCACGCGUUCGAUUCCACAGGUCCGAAGGUCCCUGGAUUCCCUGCUCUCCGUCUAUUCGAAAGAGUGAACGGAUCGCCGUGGCUCUCGUCAUUGUGA